AUCGAGAUUUCCCACCUAAAGAAAUAUGGGCAGAAGAUCCCACGUUGCCCAUAUAAUUAUAUUCUAUGCGGACUUUACUACUUUAGAUAGGAGAAAUUAACUAUUCUUCUGUCAUAGUUCCAACUUCCAACGGGGAUAAAAAAGAGAGGGAGAAAAAGAAAGAAUUCGAGAGGCAGGGAGAGGGUGGGGGGUUCGGGUUGUAUCUUUCGGGUCAAAGAACCUUCUCGCGUCCGUGAUAUCGGAUCGAAAGAAGCCUCCAAACCUCCAAAGUUUCACCCUCUAUCUCGACGGUUUCGGGUAAUGCGGGAUUGGUUCGAUGAGAUCGCGGUGUAAAGCGUUGUAGAUUUCUGAUCGGAGGAGGCUAUUAGAGGAUUUUGGAGAGAGGAGCCAUGGCUUGCCGAGGAUGCUUCGAGUGCCUGCUGAAGCUUCUCAACUUCGUGCUGACGGUCGCCGGAUUGGCCAUGGUGGGGUACGGGGUCUACUUGCUGGUGGAAUGGAUCAAGGUCUCUUCUGGGGGUGGCGAGGACCCAAUAUCCCCUGUUAGCGAUAAUCCCGUGAUGUUGACGCUCGGAAGGCCCAUGCUUCUCGUCGCGCCCAUCUCCACGAGCUUUGUCGAUCAGCUGCCGAAGGCUUGGUUUAUUUACUUAUUCAUUGGUAUUGGAGUUAUACUCUUCAUUAUAUCUUGCUGUGGAUGUGUUGGAGCAACAACGAGGAAUGGGUGUUGCCUCUCUUGUUAUUCUUUCUUAGUAAUAUUGUUGAUCCUAGUAGAGCUGGCAGCUGCGGCUUUCAUCUUCUUUGAUCACAGUUGGAAAGAUGCAAUUAUUCCUGCUGACAAAACGGGGGACUUCGACAUGAUAUAUAGCUUCUUAAAGAAGAACUGGAAGAUUGCAAAAUGGGUUGCGCUAGGAGCUGUUAUUUUGGAGGCAUUGGCAUUCUUGCUAGCUCUCAUGAUAAGAGCAGUAAACCAACCAACAGACUAUGAUAGUGAUGAUGAGUACAUUGCUCCAAGACGUGGUAUCCGUCAACCAUUGAUCAACAGGCAGGGUCUUCCACCAUCAGGGGUGCCUAGUCUCGACCACCGUCCAAGCCGGAAUGAUGCCUGGAGUCAAAGGAUGAGGGAAAAGUAUGGUCUUGAUACAUCGGAAUUCACCUACAACCCAUCAGAUCCUAGCAGGUUUCAACAGGCAACAAUAACUUCAGCAGAAGAACGCGGACGCUGUACCAUACUUUGAAAGCUUGCUGUUUAUCGGUCCGGUUUUCGUAUAAAACUAAGUUUGUCGGUCACUGCAUGUACAACUUGAGGUUUUUGGGAAUGGUAUUUUCCAGCUUGAUGUGGUUGAGGGACUAUUAUCUGCUGUCUAAUUCUAAACCAUCAGCUCACGUCAUCAGCAAAAAUGCCAUUUUCCCUACAGAAGUAACCUCUUUUGUUUUUGCUUGUUAACACAUGAUCGAAACUUCUUCACGUCU